ACAUUCCCAGUGAGAGAAAUACAUUGCCUGUGCCAUAUAUCACUUUAACUUUGAUGAUGAAGGCCACUUCUUUCCUAACAUCAUUGAGCAUGGGCAUCUUCCAAAUUUUUAGGAAGAAUAAUAUCACCUUUUACCUUAUGUGUUCUCAAUUGUAAUAAUUUCUCACCUUCCUUUUAAUGACUUUGUAGGUUUAGGACUCACCAGCUUCUUUAAGUUAUAUCAUUUUUUGCCUUGAGGUGAAAUAAUGUCUCAUCACUCCCAUGUUUUCUUAAUGGGAAUAAUGGGAGUGGAAGUCCAAAUGUUUAAUAAUUUCUAAGAAAAAAUGGGGAAGUUGAUUUUUGGUGUUCUGCUGGAUAUGGACAAAUGGUGGGAGUGGUUGAAAUUCGUUGUCUUGGGUUCUUUGUAUUUGCAGAAAAAUGAUGAAAAUUAGGGUUUCUUUGACUUGGAUUUUGCUCGUUCUUGUUAAUACAUGUGGAUGGAAUUGAAUUUUGGUUUACUUGGGGGCUGGGAAGUGAAGAGUGAUUAGACUUUCUGGUGUUUCAAACCGUUUUUUUUUUUCUCUCAAUCUAUAUUGCAUGGAAUGAAAUUUCUUGCCUUGUAAGUUAGUGUUGGAGCUUUAGGGUUAAGAGAUAGUUGGCAUAAGUAAAUGGGUAAUGCAAAUGUGAGAGAAGACGGGGCUGAGCCAUCUGGUGAUGACGAAGAUGGGCAACAAGGGCAAAAUAACGAAGGUUUAGACAUAGAUAGCCAUUCUGAACAGUUAGAUUCUUCAGAGAUGAUGGGUCAGACUCCUCCUGAUAGCCCUAGGGCAGCGAGGUCACCAUUAAUGUUCACUCCUCAGGUGCCCAUGGUACCAUUACAUAGGCCUGAUGAUAUGCACAGCCCAAAUAGUGCAUGGCCUUACAAUAAUCCGGAAUAUGAGGACACCCCAUGUGAGAAUGGAAUUCCAUACGUGAUUACUUGGUGCUAUGGUGGCCGGGAAGUAGCAGUGGAAGGUUCUUGGGAUAAUUGGAAGUCCAGGAAGCCAAUGCAGAGAACAGGUAAAGACUUCAACAUUAUGAAGGUGCUUCCAUCAGGUGUAUACCAUUACAGGUUUAUUGUUGACGGACAGCGGAGAUAUGUUCCUGAUCUGCCAUGGGCAUAUGAUGACAAGGGUGUGGCCCACAACAUUUUAGACCUGCAGUUCAGGAUUCUGUGCCUGAGGAUGUCGAAAGCAUUGCUGGCUUUGAGCCUCCUCUAUCUCCCGAUUCAAGCUACAAUAAUUUACUUCCAGGCGCUGAAGAUUAUGCCAAGGAGCCACCAGGGGCACCUCCCCACCUUCACUUAACGCUUCUCAAUGUACAGGCACCAAUGAACCGACCCCAACAUGUGGUGCUCAACCAUCUAUACGUGCAUAAAGGAAAGACCAAUCAAUCAGUUGUGGCCCUUGGAGUCACCCAUAGAUUUAUCUCCAAGUAUGUCACUAUGGUACUCUACAAAUCCCUCUCAACAUAGAAGAGGACAAGUGAUAAAGCAAUGAUAAUGGUAGUAUGUGAAGGACUAAGUAGGCGUAUGACUGUACUCUCUCUUUCCCACUACAUACAUAAAUAUUGAAAUUUAUAGAUAUUGAAAUGGGAGAAGUUGGUCACUUUCUUCCAUGAUAUGGAAAGAAGAUAUAACUGCUAUUGGUACUGUUUAUAAUGAGCAAAGGAAGUUAGUGUUUCCCCCUUAUCUGGAGUAAGAACACGGAGCUGAUUUAAGAGUGUAUUUAAUGGAAACACUGCUGUUUUUUACGAA